UAUUUACCACCUGAAUAGUAAUUUUUGGUCUGUGCGCGUGAGAAAAGGAAGAAAAGAGGGACGCUCAUAGUGGAGUGCUGCUAGCUUGGAAGAAGGGUAAAAGGUACAUUUUUAAUUAUUAUUGUCGGUACACUCUGUCCGUUUCCACCUCCUUAUCCUGGCGAGAGGUUGAACGGUUAAAAUGGAGGCGGACAGAUCCGGCGGAGGACCAAACCCGAACUCCGGAGGCGGCGGCAGCAGCGGAGCGGGGCGCAACCCAAACGGGCCCAAAGCAGCACCGAGCCAGGCGACAUCAGCUGCGGCGACCGGGGCGAUGGCGGCAGCAGCAGCGGCGGCAGCAGCAGCCGCCGGGGCCAUGCCAGGGUCGUCGCAGACACGGGAGCAGCAGGACGGCGACUCGGGUAUGACGCUUCCUGGGAUCCUGCACUUCAUCCAGUACGAGUGGGGACGCUUCCAGGCCGAGAAAUACCGCUGGGAGGCUGAGAGAGACGAACUCAGGGCUCAGGUGGCAUUCCUACAGGGGGAGAGGAAAGGGCAGGAGAAUAUGAAGCAGGACCUGGUGAGGCGGAUCAAGAUGCUGGAGUACGCCCUCAAACAAGAGAGGGCUAAACACCAGAAGCUGAAGACAGGAAAUGACCAGAGUCCCGGAGACAAGAAACCAGAAACAGAGGCUGACCAGCUUCCCAAUGGGCCAGCUGAGUCUGACUCUGAGCCAGCCAAUCAGAUGUCCUGGAAAGAGGGACGUCAGCUAUUACGCAAAUAUCUGGAGGAGGUGGGUUAUUCAGACACCAUCCUGGACAUGCGGUCAAAGCGUGUGCGGUCCCUGCUCGGGCGGAGCAGCCCGGAGGCUAACGGGCCUCCACCCAGUGAAACCUGUCCUGAGCCUGAGCCCCGGGGAGGUGGAGAGUCACUGUUGGUCAGACAGAUAGAGGAACAAAUAAAGAGGAAUGCGGGUAAGGAAAGCUCGAAGGAACGUCUGGGCGGCUCGGUGCUCGAUAAGAUCCCAUUCCUGCAUGGCUGUGAAGACGACGACGAAGAUGACAGCGAUGAGGAAGACGACUUUCAAGGCAUGGCCACAGACUGUAUUGAUGGACCGCGACACAAUAAGAAGCCCCGUGUGAAGAUGAGUUCAGAACCCAUGACCACGGACCUGGACCCCGAGGACGAGGAGGACGAAGACGACUCAGAAGACGCCCUUGGCGAAUUUGACUUCCUGGGCUCAGGGGAGGAUGGGGAGGGGGCGGGAGAGGCGCGGAUCUCAGGGGACGGACGGGAGCUAGAGAACCGCAGGAACAAGUUACAAGGCAUGAUGUCGGACUUCCCCCCUAAACCCAGCCCGCCCCCCUCUGUACCAGGACAGGUUCGCUCUGGGGAAGGUGGCGCCCUUGGUUUCUCCUCUGACGUCUUCAUUAUGGACGCCGUUGGAGGAGGGGACAUGAACCUGGGUGAACUGGCUGACCUCACUGUUGCCAAUGACAAUGACCUCUCCAUGGAUAUGCAGGAUAACAGAGAGGAGUUUAAGAAGACGUGGAACCCUCGUUUCACACUGCGCAGCCACUUUGAUGCCAUCCGGGCUUUGACUUUUCAUCCCAGCCAGGCAGUGCUGCUCACAGCCUCUGAGGAUGGGACGCUAAAACUCUGGAACCUCAACAAGGCCAUGCAUUCUAAAAAGAAUGCUGCAUUAGAUGUUGAGCCAAUCUACACAUUUAGAGCACACAGUGGAGCCGUUCUGUCCCUGACAAUGGGUGAGGAUGGAGAAUCCUGCUACAGCGGAGGUUUAGAUGGAACUGUCAGGUGUUGGAAGAUGCCCGACCUCAACGUAGAUCCUUAUGAUAACUAUGAUCCUGGCAUCGAGAGCAGUGUCCUUGCAGGCCAUGAGGAUAGUGUGUGGGGAUUAACCUACUCGGCCGCUCACCACCGUCUCGCUUCGUGCUCUGCUGAUGGCACCAUCCGCCUCUGGGACCCUCAGAACUCAUCGCCCUGCCUGUCUGUCUUCAACAAGGAGAGAGAGCAUGGAACCCCCACCUCAGUGGCAUUUGUGGCCACUGACCCCAACCAGGUGGUGGUGUCAUUUGACGGCGGAGAGACACUGCUGUAUGACCUAAACACGGAGCAAAGCACCACCACACUGGAGACGCAAACUAAGGAUGGCAGCGAGCUCAUCAACCGUGUGGUCAGUCACCCGUCUGAGUCUGUCUCCAUCACUGCACAUGAGAACCGCACCAUCCGUUUCCUAGACAACAAGACAGGUAAAGUGGUUCACUCGAUGGUGGCUCACCUGGAUGCUGUCACCUGUCUCACUACAGACCCUAAAGGCACUUACCUCAUAUCUGGCAGCCACGACUGCUCGGUGCGUCUGUGGAUGCUCGACAACAGGACGUGCGUGCAGGAGAUCACGGCUCACAGGAAGAAACACGACGAAGCCAUCCAUGAUGUCGCCUUCCACCCCUCACAGCCCUUCAUCGCCAGCGCCGGCGCAGAUGCACUUGCCAAGAUCUUUGUGUGAUGACAAAGUUGUUGUUCUGAUUCCUCCUUAAACAUCCGGGCCUAAAAAGCCUGAAGACUACAGUGGACAAACUCCACCUGCUUACACACAGACACAUACACACUCUCACACAGUCGUCCUGCACCCCACUGGCUGGGUCAUCGCCACAGGACGAACCCUCCCUCCUCUCAGUCCCUCCCUGCCCUCUGAUGCCUCAGUGACUUGUUGUAAUACUAAUCACACUGCUUUUUUAUAACUUUAAACUCCCGGCUGCUCUCUUUUCAAACACUUUUCUACACUACAAUAUCUUCUGCUUUUUAUUCUUUUGGUCGGUGCACCAACGAAUGCAAAGCACUGUGCGUGUUUUGUUUUUCUGCGCUUGGACUGCUAACACACUACCCAUAUUACUCAGAGCACAGCUGCGGAAGCACUUGCUGCACAUCACGCUAACACCACAUUUCAUGUAAGAUCUUUUUUUUUAAAUAGUUAACAAAGUGCUUGUGGCUAACACUCAUAUGAAAGCAUGAAUAAUAGAGUAACUUUCCCAGUGUGGGCAGAAAUACUCCUGACCAACCUCUUCAGUGGGAAUCAAUGUAUUACAUUCCAAAGAUACGGACGGAUAGAGUGUGUGUGGUGUCGAGCUCAGCUGUGUGUGUGUGAUCGCUAACUAGUGUUUGAAACAAUAGCUUUAAUUUCAACUUUACGGUCAAGUCUCACUGUUUGUAUUCCCAUGACUCUGCCUCUACAUGUGUGCACGUUAGAUUGAAUGUCACUCUGCUGUACUACUUAAUGAGUUUAUUUCUGCAACCAUGAUCCACUUCUACAGUGUGUACAGAUCGAGCUCAGACUCAUACUAACACCCCCUUUGCUUUUUACUUUACAGAAGCGUGUGCUUGUGUGCGUGCACUAGUUAAAUCACGGUGCUAUGACAGACCUUGUCAGUCUUGAGUCAGAAUCAGGGACCUGUUUCGUCUGUGUGCAUGAAAAGUAGAGACUGUGGGUCUCACUCACUGGCCUCUAGAUCCACAAAUGACACUUCAUUGUUGAACCAUUUCAUCAUGUGUUGCCACAUUUCACAAUCUAGCAUCACUUUUGGAGGGAUGUGAAUUCAUUUUAGACUUUAUGAGAGUGUACAGAGCUGGUUUUACUGUAGAGCGAGGGCUACAUGACUGAAAAUGUGCAGUUCCUCCUGUAUGUUUCACCCAGAAGGUGCGAGUUUCCUUCUGGUUUGUUGUUAUUUAUUCAGGCUUUGAAAGAUUAAGAAAGCUUGGCGCUGACCUCUACUCGUGUGUUAAAGAGACGUCCCCUCUUCUUGUGCUUUAGUUGCACAUUAGUAGCACAUCACCCAGAGAGCUGAAUAUGUAGAGCUGGUUUCCUCUUUCUAAAGAGAGAGGCAUGCUGGGAGAAAAAGUUCCUGGGUAAAGGAGAUAAAAAAGAGAGUUCCCCCAAAAAAGUAUUAAUUUAAGAUGUGAAGGUGUUUGCAGCUCACUUCAGAAGGAAACAAGUUUGUUUACUUUGAGGAAAAUUUACUUUGACAUGAAAUUGUAUUAAUUUAACUGUGUAAGACUGCUGGUUUUGAAACAGUUGGCUAGCAUUCAAGAGUUCCCUUUUUUAUUCCUGAAACAGGGUGGUGUAGAAAAAGACUUUCUGGGUGACUAUGUUCUUGUACUUCUGCUGCUCAUUAAAUACUACAAGGCUCCACUUUGCACUACAUCUAACAGUGGGCGCUCUUGUAACAAACAGGGUGCAGGAAUCAUUAUCUGCAGGUAUUUCUACAAUCUGGAGUAAAUACUAAGUUUGAGCCUCAGUUCUUCUACAGUGUGGGUUCUCUAAAGACAAAUCAGUAUCACAAAAGAAAAAGAAAUCGAAACAGAGGUUGUAAAUGAUGACUAGAGAUGCCAUUACGUGCUGUAAAUGUCCAUCAUUUCCUUGUUUUCCUUUCUUGCAUUUCUUUUCUUUGAUUAUGAAUAUGAUUAUUAAGAUGUAAGAAUACUGUAGUAUCAUAAGUGAAUCAUUCUUCCUUGCUAGGCAUAGAUCUUUGCUUGUGAUUGAUAAUGGCAAUGUAUAACUUGUAAAAAAGCAAAAUGAUUAAAAAACCUGAAAAAUGAAGAAAAAAAGUUUUAAAAAGUGUAACCAGUCAGAGGCCAAGGUAAAGGACUCUCAUUUCUUUGUGUUUUUAUUUUUUUAUUAGCAAUUUAUCACUGUGUGAUAUUUUGUACAUCAUAUUAAGCUGUAUUCAAACUAUUUCCUCUAACUACAAGGGAUAAGAGACCUGCUUUUUAUUGAUUUUGUUUUAUUAUAUAUUUUUGAACUGCAUUCUAGCUUGUAUCAAAUGACUUUCUCUUUUUGUUUACGGGUCCCCUGUUGUAUGUCAUUAAGGAAGAAAAAAAACAAAAAAUGAAGAUUUUGUACA